GGUCAGUUACGAUGACUCUUGUAGGCUAAGUUGCGGCUGUGCUUCUUCACUCCUCAAUCCUGAUCCCUUCAAGAAUCCAAGACUUCAACCAAAGAGCAACCACGCAUGGAGAUGGAGUCCCACCGUCACAGCAGCGUUUCACUCCGAAAACGAAAACGAUCACGAUCGAUCUCACCAUCACCGCCAACCGGCUUCCCGUUGAAAUGCGUGAGAUGCGGCCACCACACUGUCUACACCUCCCCACCUCCUCCCGCCGUUUUGGACUUCCACGAUGCCAUUGCUAGGGAAGCCAUCUUCGACAUUCCAAUUCCGAAGUCUCAGAAGGUGGAUCCGCUUUCCGAUCGCGCUUUUCAAGCCCCGAGUAAGCCAAUCCAGGACCAAAAGCACGUCCAUCGCUUCCAACGCUCCGCCACUUGCGAGAAUUUCCUCGGCUUCGUUGCCGCCCUCUCCGAGUCUGUUCGCUCCCACAAGGUCUCGGAUCCAUGCCACGUGUCUCCCGCGAUCUCCGCCGUGGUUUCAACCCUCCAAACUUUGAUUUCCUUCGUCGAUGAGAUCCCUCCGGCGCCCCAAUCCUUCCGACUCGGCAACCUAGCUUACCGGACUUGGUACGAGCGAAUGCAUUCCAACGCCGAGUCUUACAUGAUUCAAUUCCUUCCUCCGGACCUCCAUUCUUCCACGGUCGAGCUUGUUCCCUACUUCACUGAUAGUUUCGGCAAUGCUGAUCGAAUCGACUACGGAACUGGCAACGAAACACAUUUUGCUGCCUGGCUUUACUGUUUAGCAAGAAUAGGAGUUGUGAAAGAAGUGGAUUACCAAGCUCUUGUCACCAAGGUUUUUGUAAAGUACUUGGAGUUGAUGAAGAAAUUGCAAUUGACCUAUAGUCUUGAACCUGCAGAUCCUGAUGGGGCCUGGGGACUAGAUGACUAUCACUUCUUGCCAUUUAUUUUUGGGUCAUCGCAGCUGAUUGGUCACAAGUACAUCAAGCCAAAAUCAACUCGUAAUGAAGAUAUCGUGGACAACUUUUCGAAAGAGUACCUCUACUUCUCGUGCAUUCCUUUUACAAAGGAGGUGAAGAAGUGGUCCUUGGAGAAGGAGGUGAAGAAGUGGUCGUUGGCAGAAUAUUCUCGUAUGUUGUAUGAUACAAGUCAGGCGUCAAAUUGGGAUAUGGUUAAUAGUGGUUUGCUUCAGAUGUAUAAAAUGGAAGUCUUGCAAAAGGUUCCCAUCAUGCAGCAUUUCCUUUUUGGCUCCUUAAUUAGAUGGGAAUGUGAAGGGAAAUAACGUGGCAUCAAAUUGGAUUGAACUAAUAAAAGUAUCAUCUGCAGAUAGCAGGAAGAGAAGAGAAGUUUUGUACCCUUUUGGCAGUUGAUAACUUGAUACCUUUAAUUCACUGUGUUUCCAGUUUGUACUUUUUUUCACAUUUUAUAGUUUGGAACAAGUGACGAACAUAUGCAAUCUCUUUUGGUUCUUCCCUUUUCACUUUCACUGAAAUCAUCUUUUUGUUUAUAUGGAGAAUUUUUCUCCU